AUGUGGGAGUUUGCCGUUCCGAUCCUCUUUAUGGAGAUCUUUGUUGACACACUGCUGCCUAGUGCGUGCUUCUCGCUGGUCAUGUACGCCACCUGCCUCCUCGCGAUCCCGUGGGUCGGCAGACAGCUUGACGCGGCAAACCGCUGGAAGGCGAUGCAGUUCGCCAUCAUCCUGGAGAACGCUAACAUCAUCGCAAGCACCAUGCUGCUGGGAUCGAUAUUGCUGAUCACAAAUGCUGAUGGACUGCACAAACCAGAGUGGACUUGGCCGUUGACGCUGCUCUUCAUUGGGACUCUCGUCUGCGGAGGUGUAGGCCAAGUACUCAGUGAGGCGCAGACGCUCGGGAUCGAGCGCGAUUGGGUUGUAAUCAUCGCCCAGAGCAGCGGAGAGGACCGCUCUUCUGCGCUGGCGAGCCUGAACACCAUCCUGAGGCGCAUCGAUCUGGCAUGUAAGCUGCUCGGACCUCUUGCUUUUGGUGUCAUUAUGGACUUUGCCGGGCAUGACCCCACUACGCGUGCUAUGAUCGGAGCGUCCACAGUUGCAAUCUGGAACGCGUUGUCCACUCCGCUCGAAUACUUCAUGACCCAAGACAUCUACAAGCUCGUACCUGAGCUUGCUACCAAGGAGGAUCCUGAUGCCCCGGGCGACAAGGAGCAGCGGCAACAAGCUACUACUGCUGACGGCAAGUCGACGCUGUCUCGCUAUGCAGCGAUGUGGCGGAGUUAUUCGCAGCACCCAGUCUUCCUGCUCAGCUUUUCGUACUGCGCCUUAUACAUGACCAUCUUGGACAACGGGUCGCUAAAUACUGCGUACCUCAAGUGGCGAGGCGUUCCUGACUCGUUGUUGGGGUUGAGCCGCGGCGCUGGCGCGGUAUUUGGCCUCUUGGGUACCAUGCUGUUCCCUUACCUGCGGCGCACCAUUUCGCGGCUGGAGCGUGUCGCGGUGGUGAGUAUCUGGCUGUUCUGGUUAUGCCUAGCACCGGUGCUGGUGGCGUUCUUGCUGGUCGGCGAGUCGCGCGUGUCGGACUACGUUAUGCUCUGCUGCAUGGUCGGUGCGCGCGUGUGGCUCUGGAGUGCUGACCUCGCCGAGACACAGAUCAUGCAGGAGUGGAUCGAGCCGAGUCGACGCGGAGUCAUCAACGCCAUGCAGACAGCGACGUACCAGUUGUUCUACAUGCUCAUCCAGGCAAUGGGCGUCGUCUUCCACGACCCGCGGAAGUUCGAGGCGCUCGUGUUCUUCUCCGUCGCCACAGUGCUCGCUGCUGCGGUGGGGUUCACGGUGUGGGACGUUAGAUUUGGUCGGCAUCGAGCUCUGUUCGUGCGGCCCGCGACCAGAAGCUUGAAAGGCAUAGGCUCGCAUCCUCUGCCUUAG